UUGCAGGGAAAUUUAGGCCCAAAAUCGAAAGAACCUCAAAUUUUUCCCUCACUUUCUAUCCAAACUUGCGAGGUCUCAACUCAUGUGAUUUUCUUGAGUGAAAUUUCAAAAGUUCAAAGGGCGUUAGCGAUAAUAAUUACCUUUUAAUUAUCUGUAUAUUUAUAUUAACCAUCAAUCUAUUAUUAACCUCACAGUAGUUAUUAACAUUUUUAGGUUUAGUUAAUAUUAACCGAUUUAAGUAGUAGAACUAUUAAUUUGUAUGGUAAAGUAGUAACUAGUAAUUGCUAAUACUUAGUUGUACGUAAUGAGUAGUUAGUAGGUAAUAUCAUUUAUUGUAUUUCUUAUUAUUUUAUGUAAUAAUUCUGUAUCGAUUCCAAAAAUGGGCAAGAGCAAAGGAACGAAAUGUGCAGUGAAAAAUUGCACUUCAACUUUUUACGAAAGUAAAGUUAGUUUUUAUAGAUUUCCAGUGAACGAUUUCUUCAGGUUGGAGAAAUGGAAAGUUGCUUGUGGACGAGAGGAAAUCAUGCUGAAAAAUCCUGCGGAACUUCACAAUUUCAGGGUUUGUGGAUUGCAUUUUGACAAAAAAUGCAUCCAGAACCGUAGAUUAACAUCUACAGCAGUGCCUUCAUUAAAUUUGUUUCAAGAAAUUUCCGUAAAACUCGACCACGAUUAUAUCCAAAAUGAAGACGAGAUGUUUGUUGGGAGGUACAUCGAGGUAGGGUCUCCAGCCACCAGUCUCCAGGGUUGUGAAAUGGGCACUCAAACUGAUUCGGAGAUGAUCCAGAGAAAUCACGUUGGAACUCAGACUGAGUUUGAGCCUUCAAAAUGGACAACCCAAACACAAACAGAUAAAAUACUUUUGAGGGGGACACCAAAGAAAAGGAAGUUGAAGACAAAAGUAAGGCCUAAAGAAGAACACGCGAAGAAGUUGACGAGGAAUCUGGACACAACGAAAUCAUUGCAAGAAGACAAGAAACAGGAAAGAAAUAACAUGGAAGUUGUACUUCCUGGAGAAGAACAAAGUUUUUUUGAGGAUGACAUCAAGGUUGAGGAAACAGAGCUUCACCAAACAAUUUUCUAGAAGAGGAAGAUGAAGUAUACCGCAUAAGUUUUUGGUAGGUACAAAAAAAAAACAGUUAUGUUAAUGAAACGUUAUUUUAACGUACAUAAAAAACUGGUACAAGCAAGACAAUUGCAUAAGUCAAAAAAUCACCAGUUUACAUCGGGUAAAUUUGGAUUUUUUUACAAAUAAAAGGUUAUAAAAAUUAUGUCAUUCGUCUGACAUAAAAAUGUAAAACGGGCCUUAGGCAACUAA